CAGCCCUAAAGGACUCCCCGAGAAACUAUUUGAGAUUGAAUAAUAAUCCAAUCCAAUUUCCGGACACGUAUGAUGAUUCACUGCGUUUAACUGCUCUGCUAAAAACCUUACAGGGAUUUUAAAUUUUAAUAAAGAUGCAGCGGAACAAAAGGUGCGUCAGAUUCUUGCGCGCUGCUGCAUGCUGAGGGAUUUAUUUAGAUAUUAAAGGAUAAAUUCAUGCCUGGGUGAUGCGACAGGAGCCUUUCAUCCAACAGGCGCACAUCGAGACUGUUGAGUGAGAUCUCAAGAAAAAAAAAGAAAAAACAAGACUCUACUUGAUUCUAUUGUAAAGUUCGGCAAUCUUCAAACAAAUUCCGGAUUUAGUUGUGGGGAGCGCAUCCCUGUGCUGACAGAGGGACCACUUGUACCGCCGUCACAACUGUGCCAAGAGACAGGGAGUCUUUGAAAGCCACCGGAGCGGACCCGACCAGCAUAUAAAUCAGCGUCCCGGGGAGCGUCGCUGCGUCCGCGAUAAAUAGCGCUGCCGUGAGGAGACCGGGGAGGAGGUGUUGGUGGGGGGAUGGCAUUUUUUUCCGUCUGAAAAGGGGAAGACAGCAACAGUCAGAGGAAGGCGAACGUAAAAUCCGGCAGUGGGGGCGAACCGGCGAGGAGGCGCAGGACACGCAGGAUCCUCCAUUCCCACUUUGAGACUAUUUUUUAAAUUAUAUAUUUUUUCUUUCCUUACGCUGUGACAGGAGGACGGUGUGAUUAACAGACGCUUCUCAAGACAGACACAGAUAAAACCAUGAACGCCGUGGUUUUGUUUUGGUUUUGCGCGGCGUUCGUGGCUGGGCUUCACUGCGCGUCGCCAAGGACCACGGCGGGGGCUGAGCUCCCCGCGGCCGGCUUCAGCAACAACAUCAGCGGCGGCGGAGGUAACAGCGGGGAAACCGGAGGCAAAAGAGACAUGAACCAGACCAUCAUUUCCAGGAAAAAGAGAAAGGAUCUGUCGGUGGAUUUUGCAGUCCCCUCUCUGCUUCGCUAUUAUCUGGCGGAGUUUGUAAAGAGACCCCUGAAUGGGGACUGUCAGACUUUUAUCGGAUGUUACACAGUGCGAGCAAACUUGGAAAUGCAUUGCACACCUUUGCAGAAAAUCAUCGCUACUUUUGUGGAGCCGAAAUCUACUGAUUCAGCACCAGGGAACUCGUCCUCUGAUGGACAGCUCCCUUUUGUGUACAAGCGGGCGCUGUCCAAAGUUCUGAAAUUGGGCUUAACGAAAGCAAGCAGGAAAUCGAACCAGGUUGUGGUGGAAAUAGGAGAGGAGUUGAUCAAAACGGGAUGUGGGGGGCUGACUGUGUUCGAGGAGGCCCCAGAGCUCAUGCUGGAGAUGGACCUCACGACCAUCCUUGAGUGGUGGCUAGGAGCCGAGGGGGGGCGGCUCAGGGUUCGGCUCAUGCCCGAGAAAAAGGCGCAGGUGCCCGGAAUGGAGGUCCGGUACACAGAGGCGAUCCGGGCUGCAGACCCCCGUCUAUACCUGCAAAUAUCCUCGCAGGGUGAACCAUCUGAUAGCAGAGCUGCUGCUGGCUUUCCUCGAGGUUAUUGGAACUUUUCCUGGGUGGCAGAAGACAACCUAAGCUUCCGAGAUGGAUCCCUGCCCAAAUCAGUGGAUCAUCGAUGUCAUGGCCACAGCAGAACUUGUGACCACCAACCAGAUGACCCCCAUGAGUUCACCUGGAGUAUAGUGGCAGCGGGGGACUUGCGGGAGGAAAGGAAUGGAAAAAACGAGAAGAUGACUGGAAGCCCUCAGGGUUGGGAGGAAGGUAAGAAUGAAGGUCAGUUUUUGUGGGUGAACAGUUCAGCCUUUGGAGGGCCCUGGGUGCUGAGUCCAUGGCUUUGGGGAGGCCAGGGUCUGUGCAGCCUCGACAUGGCUGUGUUGCUUCAUCCAAAGCAGAGCGGCCAAUUCACCAUUUGGCUCAUAGAGCGAGACAAGCCACCCGUGGCCCUUUUUUCCACUGACACACUGCCACGCAUCACAGGCUGGGCUGUGGUCCACCUCACUCUGGGCACACAUGGAGGAUCCCCUUUUCGGAUUUCAGCCAGCUACGACCAGCGGAUCCCAUUUGAUGAUACUGCUACCAUUGAGCCACACUUUACUACCAACUGCACCAUGGCAUCCUCGCCUGGACCAAACAUCACACUGGAGGGUUUGUACCACUGUCACCAGGGAUUUGGAAUCCCACUAGACAAACUGUGCGACUUCAGGACCGACUGUCCUCUUGGAGAUGAUGAGGGAGUCCUUUGUCGACACUUUCUCAAUGGCAGCUAUUGCUCUUUUGAAGAGGAUGAGUGCAGCUGGCAGUCUGUGGCAGGUCGUGGUCCUUCCUGGAAAAGGUUCCAGUCACCCUCCAAGGCAACCAGACAGAGCUGCCCGUCAUCAGGUGCUACAUACACCGUGGAGGGAGGCCAAUCAAAAGGUCAACAUGGCUCAGCAGUGCUAAAGAGUCCACUUUUCCCUCCUCCUCUGAGAAAUGCUCCAUGCACGGUGCAGUUCUGGCUGUGCUCUGGCGGUUUGCAGAAAGGCUCGGUGUCUUUGUGGAUCCUGGAGAACAGCACAGGCCCUGAUUCAUUGCGCAGACUGUGGCAUUCAGCCAGCGAGCCUAAAUCUGACCGAGGCUGGAAGCUCAUCACAGUUGCCCUUUACGGGCUUGCAGACUGGUUCUGGCUGCAGUUCAGUGCAGAUGAAGGGCCCGGACCAGGUUCAGCCAUCGCUCUGGACAACAUCUCUUUCAGUAUGAACUGUUUCUUGACAUCCAAUGGCGAGUUUCCACCAGUGGCCCCCAGCUCAACCAGGCUACCCUUUAGUCCGGCCAUCAAGACAACGCCCCCAUCGAUUAGAAGCCCUCCAGUGAACUUCCCCACCCCAGAAUACUCGAAAAAAUGGAUUUUCAACACCUGUGGGGCCGUGGGCCAUGAGGGCCCGACUCCCACCCAGUGUCUUAACUCCUACAGGAGCAGCAAUGUAAACGUGACAGUCGGCACCCGAGGGCCCUACAAAGGCAUUCAGAUGUGGGAGGUCCCAGAAACGGGCACCUACAGGAUCACCGCGUACGGUGCAGCUGGCGGGCGGAGCGUGGUGGCCAUGAGCAGGUCACAUGGUGUCUACAUCACAGGAGACUUCCUGCUGAGGAAAGGCGAGCUGCUCCUCAUCCUGGUGGGACAGAAAGGAGAAGAUGCCUGCCCCAAUGCCAACACCAUACUAAACAAGAUCUGCCAGGAGCAGAGCAGCUCCAUGGUGGACAAGAGUCAAGUGAAGGGAGGGGGAGGAGGAGGUGGUGGGGCUACAUACGUGUUCAAGGUGGACAGAGAAGUGUACAUCCCCCUCAUUAUCGCUGCUGGCGGAGGAGGCAGAGGCUACAACAGCCAGUCAGAGACCCAGCUGGAGCAGAUGGAUUAUGACCCCAACCAACUGGGGCGCAAUGGGAAGUCCCACUCUGCAGGUGGUGGCGGAGGCUGGAAUGACAGUGCUCCUGUCAGCCAAGGAGGCAGACCACUGGUGCUGGGGGGCCAGGGAGGGCAGGCCUGUCAAAAGUUCUGGCAGACCCGAGGUGGCUUUGGAGGCGGUGGGGGUGGAUGUCUGUCGGGCGGAGGUGGCGGAGGCUACAGAGGUGGAAACACCUCCAUAGAGGACAACCCCACAGCUGAUGGUGAUGAUGGCACAUCUUUUCUAGGCCCAGAUGGAGAACCCUUCCUCUUCCCGCUCAAAGCCAUCGAUGGUGACGGUGAAGUGAUCAUCAGCCCCGUUCAGAAUUGCAGCCACUGUGAGAGUAGAGAAUGCCACGAGAGCAACGAUGGCAUCAUCUGCUACUGCGACGAAGACCUCAUCCUGGCUGCAGACAGAGUGUCCUGCAUCAACGCCUCAGGAGUGAACCCGCUGUCUCAACCCCCGUCCCUCUCCCACCUGGCUCUGGGUCUGUCUGUGGGCACCUCGGCCCUCAUCGCGGCCUUGCUGCUGGCUGUGUCCGGAGUCAUGAUAAUGUACAGGCGUAAACACACAGAGCUGCAGUCUAUCCAGCUGGAGCUGCAGAGUCCAGACUGCAAACUCAGCAAGCUGCGAGCCUCCACCAUCAUGACUGACUACAACCCCAACUACUGCUUUGCUGGCAAGACAGCGUCCGUCAAUGACCUGAAGGAAGUGCCGCGGAGAAACAUUUCCCUCACCAGGGGUCUGGGUCACGGGGCUUUCGGUGAAGUCUAUGAGGGACUGGCAGUUGGGAUACCAGGAGAACAAAGUCCACUGCAGGUGGCAGUAAAGACCCUUCCUGAAGUUUGCUCUGAGCAAGACGAGCUGGACUUCCUCAUGGAGGCUCUAAUUAUCAGCAAGUUCAGCCACCAGAACAUUGUACAUUGCAUCGGAGUGUGUCUACAGGCAAUGCCUAGGUUCAUCCUGCUGGAGCUGAUGGCUGGUGGAGACCUAAAGACUUUCCUGAGGGAGACCAGACCCCGACUGGAGCAACCCUCCAGCCUGACGAUGGUGGACCUUCUCAAUGUAGCCAGAGACAUCGCUAAGGGCUGCCAGUAUCUAGAAGAAAACCAGUUUAUCCACAGGGACAUCGCCGCUCGGAACUGCCUCCUCACCUGCAAAGGACCAGGCCGGGUGGCCAAAAUUGGGGAUUUCGGGAUGGCUCGGGACAUUUACAGGGCCAGCUAUUAUAGGAAGGGUGGGCGCGCCAUGCUGCCGGUGAAAUGGAUGCCACCUGAAGCCUUCAUGGAGGGCAUCUUCACCUCCAAAACAGACACAUGGUCAUUUGGGGUGUUGCUCUGGGAGAUCUUCUCGCUGGGUUAUAUGCCAUACCCCAGUCGCAGUAACCAGGAAGUGCUGGAGUUUGUAACCAAUGGAGGAAGGAUGGACCCCCCGAAAAACUGCCCGGGGCCAGUGUAUCGUAUAAUGACUCAGAGCUGGCAGCACCAGCCUGAAGACAGACCCAACUUCUCAACCAUCCUGGAGAGGCUCGACUACUGUCUUCAGGAUCCCGAUGUUGUGAACACGCCUCUGCCUGUUGAGUACGGACCACUCCCCGAGGAGGAGGAGCGUGUCGCCAUGUGCACGGAUGACCCUGCAGUGCCGGCUGUGCUGGUAAAUUCCCAGGUGCCUGCUGGGGUGGCUCCACUUCCUCCACCACCAUCGUAUCCAUCUGAGGAGAGGAGGGAAGGGGAGCACCACGCAGUGAUGAGCGCUGCGUCGGAGGUCAAAGCACAGAUGUCCUCUCUGCCCCAACCCUGCCCCCACCAGCACCAGCAGCCCCACACACAAACCUCUGUUGCCAUGACUACCACCAACACAGUCACCUCUGUGGCCCCCUCCACACUCACUGCCAAGGGACUUCACGUUGCUACCCAGCCAAACCCAGAAGGGGGACACAUCAACCUUGCCUUCAUGCAGGGCCAACCCCAAGAAAAGGAGGGCCCCAACGGGAAGAACACCAGUCUCUGGAAUCCCACCUACGGCUCCUGGUUCCUGCAGCAGCAGAUGAAGCAGCAGCAUCAGCGGCAGGCGGGGGUGGGAGGAGCCGGAGGAACUAGUGGUAGGGUGCCCGGUGAGGGGCAGGAGCACGUAAGCCGGACGGUGUCUGAGGUGGCGGGGGUGCUAGGUCUGCAGCACCAGCACAAGCAGUUUCAGCAUCAGAUGCAGCUGCUGCACCAUCAGCAGCAGCAACAGGCUCUUCACAGGCCACUCUUACCUCCACCCCCUCCACCUGUUGCACAGUCACCUCUGCUUUUAGACUCAACUGCCCUGGCUCCAGUCCCCCUCUAUAGACUGAGACGUUUCCCGUGUGGGAACAUCGGAUACGGCUACCAGGAGCACACUCUGCCGAUGGAGGCAACCCACGCUAACAGCAACCCCCCCUCAUCACAGCAAGGCACACCCAUGCCCCCUGCAGCGGCCCACCAAAGGGGGUCCUCUGGUCCUCCUCCAAUGUCUUUGCCUCGGUUGGGAAUGUCAGAGGACAGCCGCCCCCUCCUGGUUACCAUGGGGACCGUGCAGGACUCCAGGCUCCCCAGGAUGGAGGGCCACAAUGCCACGGUGCUUUAGCCCACACGCCACAUGCAGAUCGUUCUUCAGCGCCAUCUGUUCAGGAAAAAAAUUGGACAGAAAACAUUUUCUUCUUUAUCACCCUCUGAUCACUUUGAACACCUUUCAGACCCCAUCAGACACUUCAUCACAUGAAAAAGCUUUGGGAAGACAUCAAGGAAAGAAAGUUUUUAAGCUAAAAAAUGUGUAUUUUUUAAAGCGCUGGAGGGAUUAGAACUGAGGAAGAGGAGUACAAACCCCUCUCUGUCUCAUCUAUUUGAAAAGACCAUCAAGAUGAUUUAACCUUCUUAUUUCUGCCAGACUGAAAACAGACAGAAACGUCAACCUGCCAGCUUCAUGUGUUGGCUCCAUUGUGAGAACCCUCUGACUUAGGGGGGCACAGCGUGUACAAAACUAUUUUUCCAGAAUAUCUUCAAACCAGACGCUGGAUAAGACAUUUAUAUUUAAAAAAAAACAGAAAAAAGAAAAAGAAAUACUGGGAAAAUGUGUUUGUUGAUGUUUGCUUGCCUACUCGUUUAUUUAUUCAUUUGUUUAUUUAUUAUCUGGAAGUGGCAUUAUAAAUUAUUAAAGAACAUGCCACUUGUAAUACAAAUCAAUUUCCAUAUUAUGCACUGGUUUAAGUUGUUACAGUUUUUUCUGUCUUCAGAGGGAGAAACUGGCAGAAUAGCUGUGACUCAGGUUACAGGUCAUCCGUUUUUGUCCUAAAAGUCAAAGUGAACAGAUAAAUGGAGUUCAGAAGACAGCUGGAGGCCCUCUGCAGCUUUGGGGGUUCAGUGUUCGCUUGGAUGAAAAUCUUGAUAGCUUCUUUUGUUUUCUGUCAGAGGCUUUGAAAGAGGGAAAGCCGGACUAAGUUCUCCCUCUCUCCAUGGCUGUACAUCAGGGGGGGGGCAAACUAUGGCCCAGAGGCCAUGUGUGGUCCAUUAAACUACCAUAUUUUUCAGAGGAUAAGUUGCUGAAUUUUUUGUGCAUAUUUUGGCCAGGUGUGGGACUUGUGCUCAGAAGCAACCUAUAUGUGAUUUUUUUUUAAAUGAAAUGUUGGCUUAAAUAUUUUGUUAUAUUUCACUAACAACUAGUUGUCCUUCAGCGGUUGUUUCCCACUAACAACUGCUAGAGGGUCCUUAGCUUUCUGUUUCAGCAUUGGCAAGAACAGCAACGAAGAAGAGGUGCCAUCUAAAACAAACUUGGAAGAGAAUCUGAUGGUUCUCCUCCUGAGCGUUAUACUUUUUGACAUUUUUCUCACAAUAACAUCGUUAUUCUUUUUUUCAUUUUUUGCUUUCUCUGACUAAUGUGUGACAGCAAGUUAUCAAAUUGGGUGACAGAGACAUGUAAGUACCGCUGAAAGCACUGUUACUCAGACGCAGCUCCUGCCGUAAAAAUAAAAAAACUGAAGGAUCUCAUGAACCCAGAGAUGGAGAUGCUGUUGUAGAGCCCUUCAAAAUAGAUAAACCUGAUCACUUACUAAUGCCAUCUGUGUCUUCCAUGCAUCGUAAGUGAGAUAUACACUCAAAGCUUCCGUGUAGCAACAAGUCUAAAAAACCUCACGGAAGCUUCUCCUACAUGCAUUAACAGAGUAACUUAUAUAUGAUUUGUUUGCAUUGUGUUGCUUGUGCAAGUCAUAAUUCAGUGCAGUUUAUGCUCCAGAAAAUACAGUAAUUAUUCUGGGCCACCAAACCAGAAUAAAUUAUAUUAGUAAUCCUUAGUAAUGGAUUAUUUGCCAUGUAUUCUGGUAUCUCCCCUAGGAUGAUUGACUGAUCUUUGUUUAUGUCAGGGGUCUGCAACCUUUGGCAGUUAAAGAGCCAUUUUGGAAUAUUUUUUCCUGAUCAAAACCAGAAACCAACUCAGCAGUAACUUUAUAAACUUAACUAAUCUUUAUCAAAACAUUGCUAAUUAAGUGGUCCUUACUUUUAGAAUUUACUAUAAUUUUGUUUUUCUUCAGCCAAAGAGCCACUACGGAGGGGUAAAAGUGGUUUACGUGGCUCCGGAGCCUCGGGGUUCAGACCCCCUCAUUUAGUUGCAGAAUCGCUUUUUGAAUUCAUGUGAUGAUGGAAGAUAUGUUGUUUGUCUUACAUUUAUGGGUUUUCUGAAUCGGACAGUCAUUUUUUCUGAUCAUUAUAACACCACCUGAGUGAAGCAUUUUUCUAAGUUUGCGUUCAAUCAGUGCAAUUGGCUCUAAAAUGAGAACAAAAGUCACGAUUUUUGAAUAAAAACUCCAAAAUGUUUUGUUUGAAAUAUAUCUAUCAAAAAAAUAUCAAUCAAACUAAAGUAUGGUUUUGUCCAGAUGCCAUGUUAAUUCUUUCUGCUCCACAUCUGCUGUUGGUCUUCUGCCCUUUGUGGCUAACGGGUCAAAAAGUUUGCCUACCCCUGUUGUAGAUCAAUUAUUUUGACAUUUUUUUGAUCUGGAAUUGUGGAUGUUUGCAGGAUCAAGUUUUAAAACAACCCUUCAAAUUAGCAUAUUUUGUAUUUUCUAUUCCAGGAUGGAUGUUGUGAAACUCCAGUGUGAAGCCCUUGAAAAUAAAAAGAAUCUGCUCCCAUCUGUGAAGGAAACUAGUCUGAACUUAGCAAAUUGUUCUCACCAGUCCGCGUCCAAUGUCUGCUUCUCCCAUUCACAUGAUGGAUAUUCUUUUGCUCUUGCUUCAUAGUGUUUGCCAUCGCUGUCUGCCCAUGAGAUGAGCCCUGACAUGAGGUUCAGUGACCAGGACAGAACACAGUCCUGUAAGCAAUCAAACGAGCAACAUUCAAGGAACGGUUUUGCUUUGUCUUCAAUGCCUGUGGUAAACUGCAUUCCCCCAACUGCACCUGUAAAUGUUGUAAUUAUAAAGUAUUGUAUUAUGGGUCUGAUAAUAGCUGUACAUUGCCCUUCAUGACACGUUCACCAAAAUUAAUAAAUUACUUUAUAAUUCA